GAAAUGAAAUGAAAUUCAACUCGGCUGAACUGUCCUCGUUCGCACAAAGUACUUCCUUCUAUUUUGAAAAGGAAGGCGUUUUGAAAACUAGGAAAUCGACGACUAAAUGGAGAAGACAUCAAGAACUAAUAGAAAGAUGGUGCCGGCUGAAAGGAAACCUGCUGUUCUUAAUGAAAAAUAGGAGCUGUACAUCAGGUCCUGCUGAAGUGAUAGUCCUGGAACGAUGUUCGAUUCUGGAAUACGGAGAUAGCAAGUGGCCAGCAUUAACUAUCACUUUUCAGAGUGGGGAGCCAGGCAUUUAUCUUGAAGCUGCCUCAAAGUCAGACUGUGAAGACUGGAUUGCAGCACUCCAAGAAGCAAACUCUGAAGGUUUGCAAAGGAGAAUUGCAUACCUUCAGCAACUCAUCAUGGAAAUCAAAGACAAUGCAAGUCCAGAUGAGGUCCAUCAGAUUCUCCCUCUACCAGAGAUACAAUCUCCACUGAUAGAUAUUUCCAAGUUUCUAUUUGAACCCAAGUUGGAAUUCAGUCUUGCAUGCAAGGAACUGGUGACGGCACCUCGUGAUCGGAAACCAAAUGCUUUUGUGCAGAUCACUGUCAUAAAUCCCACACACCAGAGCUUGACCAGAUACUCUAAUACUGAAACAGUGGAGGGAACAAGGGACCCCGUGUUUUUGACUGGUGCUGCUUUCCCACCGGGCUAUCCAAUUUAUGAAGAGACGCGGGUGAAACUAACAGUCUACGAUGUCAAAGAGAAGUCCCAAGACACCCGAAGCUUCCUGGGCUCUGCAACCUUUGCGAUACGUGAUUUACUGAAUUCAGAGGAACAAACACUCACCAUAAACCUAAGUCCCCUAGAUGGUUCAAGCAUAGUGGGGACCAUAGUGGUCAGCAACCUGAAAAUGGGAGAAAAUGAGAAUGAAGAAGUCGACCAAACUCCUUCUGAAGCUACGAGUGAAAAGUCACCUUUACAUGGGAGUGUUUUGCACAGGGCAAUUAACGAUGCUGGGAAAUUCUCGCUACUUGAUUCAGUGUUUAAAAAUAUAAUUUGGAAAGUAUACAGAUUGCCAACAGCCAAUGGCAGGUGGCUCUGCGUACGAGAACAAAUGGCUGAAAGCACCCUGUCCUUCCACAUCCCGAAGCAACUGAUAGAACUCUUCAUCCAGGAAGAUACAAGAAGGCUGCAAGACCUCGAGGAGCUAGGUGAGCUUUCUUCACAUUGGGACACUCUGCGGAAAAAUGUAACCCUCCACUACCAACAGAUGAUUAACAGCUAUCAGGAAGUACUUGCAGAGCUCAAUAAAUUCUCAGGGUCAUCGUUUAAAGCGAGCUGCAGCAGAAGGGAAAAAAAACUUGAAUUUGUUCCUGUUAAUCUGCAUUUACAACGAAUGCAAAUUCAGAACAAUUCUGCCAAAACAGAUGGUGUGUAUGAUGUGGUUACGAUCGGAGCUCCUGCUGCGCACAUUCGGGGGUUUCGAAAUGGAGGUCUUCGCAGGCAACUGUACAGAUUUGAGGGAGAAAAGAGAAAUUCAGCGUACCAAUAUAUUUACUAUUCGCCUGAAGACACCAGCAAAGCAAAAGAAGUUAUAACCAACAUUUAUAAGCUUCACCCUCGUAUAUUGAGCAACACAGAUCUCCUUCUUGCUGCAGCAAGACACCACUCCAGUGACAGCCUCAAAGAUUCAUUGAAAACACUCAGUGAAAUAACUGAGCAGUUUGUACAUACUUUUGAAGACCAGUUGGUGAGGAGUGCCUUGUUGGCUCUACAUAAGGCUCGUCCAAGCUACGUCAACAAAAAGUGCUCCACCCUCGUCAAUAAUCUUGAAGGCACUGAAGACCAGUCUGAAAACAGUGAGCGUAGAUCAAGUAAAGACUCCAUACCCCACCACGCUGAAUAUGAUGAGGAAGAUUGGGACAGGGUGUGGGUGAAUGUGGGGAAAAGCUUGAACUGUAUAAUCGCAAUGGUGGAUCGAUUGCUGGAACAAAAUGACUGCAGGCCAGAAUGUGAGUCAAACUCCUCGCCGGCUGACCAAAGCCCCUCUUCAGCAUGUGAUGACUGGUAUGAAGGACUGUACCCUCUGGCAGUUACCCUGAAGGAUUGUGUCAAUGAAGUGAUAAACAGAGCAAAGAAGGCCAUGGUAUUUGUUCUUCUUCAAGAUUGUGGUUCCAAUAUACCACAGGCCUUGGCGUUGCAUCAGAGGAGAGACAUUGUGUUCAGCCAAGCACUUGCAGGUCUAGUCUGUGGUUUUGUGAUCAAACUCCACACGUGUUUACACGAUCCUGGCUUCCUGUUGCAGCUUCACACUGUGGGUUUGCUGGUGCAGUUUGAAGGACUCCUCAGCACAUAUAGCGAAGAGAUUGGGAUGCUGGAGGACAUGUCGGUCGCAAUCACAGAUUUGCAGAAAGUGUCAUUUAAAGUUGUCGAAGCACAUUUGGAAGAGAGCGCCAACGCUGACCUUUCUCCUCUCGUGACCGGAAUCCGUGAUUUUUACACGGUGGAGGUACAACUUCCCAGCAAACUAUUUGAAGUUUUGCCACAGGUGAUCAAAGAUGGAAAGUUGUUACGUGUACACCCAGUAUUUUUUAACAUCGGAAUAAAUGAACAACAAACUCUGGCCGAAAGGUUUGGAGAUAUUUCACUACAGGAAAUUAUCAAUCAAGAGAAUUUAAAACUACUUCAUAAAUAUUACAAAUCAUUUCAAGAAAAACUAUCAACUGACUGUCUGCCUCGAUUACAAACCCAAAUUGAUUUAAAAGAAUUAUUUCAAAGCCUUAGUGAAAACAUCCAAGCUAGGAAGAGAAAAAAUGUGGAGAUUCUAAAAAUUACUGCAUCAAUUUGCCGAAGGCUGAACGGAAUACGUUUUACGAGCUGUAAAAGUGCCAAAGACAGGACAUCGAUGUCGGUGACAUUGGAGCAAUGUGUGAUUCUUCAAGAAGAGCAUAGUCUACAUCCAGACUAUUUUGUCCGAGCACUGGACUGCAUGAGAAGAGAAGGAUGUCGAAUAGAAAAUGCACAGAAGAACAUCAAAUGCAGGAAAUAUGCAUUCAACUCGAUUCAGCUGAUGGCAUUUCCAAAAUAUUACAGGCCACCUGACGGGACGUAUGGAAAAGCAGCCACUUGAGCAAUUUUAUUUGUAAGCAGACAGUUUACAAAAACAAAUCAGGUGUUUGUUAGCUUCAAAUAGAGAGAGUGGGUCAUUUGUCUCUCUUUUUUAGAUUGAGUGAUUUAUCUGUUGAUGGCGAGCACACUUGUGUUCCAGUCAUUGGGAAACAUAUAUGUGCCUUGACAAUAGAAAUUGUACAUAGCCCUUUUCACUUUUUUUGUUGUUAAUUGAAGCCAUUUUUCCCAGUUAAUGUUGCACAAAGAACACUUGCAAGAACUGUUACAGUUCUUUUCGAAAAGUGACAUUUGUUUUAAAAAUACUUUAAAUGGUACUCGCUGAAUUGAUAAUCAGGGAACUGGAAGGUCUUAUUACAACAAAUAAUUUUCCACAGUCACAUUUUCACUGCCAUUUAGAACUAACAAGUGAUUUUUGAAGUAGAUGUUUUGUAACAUAUACAAAUACAUACUGCUUGAUCAUUGCAGUUAUUUGUUAAUAAACCCACCUCAAGUGCAAUAUGACUAAUAUGUGCAUUGAAGAAUUGAUAUAUUUGCUGGUGCUAUUUGCACCAAAAUAUUUUUCUCUUCGGUAAAAUAUAUGCUAUGUUCUUAAGAGGAAUUUGUAUGAAAUGCGCUUCUAGACCCUAUAUUGUGCUUUACUUCAAGCAUAGGCACCUAACUGACAAUUAGACAUUGACAUUAGAAAUAAUUGUCCCUGGCACAUUCACCAAACAAGGAACUAUUUAAAUGCAUUAACAAUCAUUUCAACUUUUAAAAUAUGCCUAUCUCUGUUAUAUAACAGCUGUAAUAAAAGCAGAAAGUCUGGAUUAUUAUAAUGCUGAAUAAUAUUGAGUAGAACCAGGCAUGUGUACAGAUAUUCAUUAAACUAAGGACAUUUUAACGUGUUAAAUGGCCAUUCAUGGAUUAGAUUUCUUGAGGUCCUUAAGCAAUUUAAAUUAAGCAAUACGUCUGUUGCUAAUGCAACAUUAUAAUUAACGAACCAAGCAGAAAUGAAUAGUGACACUUCAGGAAGCUACGUGUAGGUAUCUUUGGAACCCUCUCGAAGAAAGUAGUGAGAAUCUUUCAGGACGAAGGAGAAUUAGAGUCUCUGGAGAAAUAAAGUUGGAGCUGGUAAGAGGAUAACAACUCUAUCCAACCAUCAGAGUAACCUAUUUAUUGCAAUCAAUUACACAAUGUUGGGUCUUUUUUUUAAAUGUUAUUUUUGUGCAUGACAAGGUGAUCUUGUAAAACUGGUGCUUUAAUUCAUGUUCAGUUGAUCACUGCAGCAAUAGCAACUGCAAAAAGCAAACUUUUGUGAAUUUGUUUGACCAAAUAAACUUAAUUUUCUAUAAGAA